AUGGCUGGGGUGGCGGUGUCGGGCGGUGGGGCCGCGGCGCCCUCAUGCAGCCGCCCGCCCUCGUUCCAGGACGCCGUGCGYGCGCUCAACACGCUGCAGACCAACGCCAGCUACCUGGAGCAGGUGAAGCGGGAGCGCGGAGACCCCCGGGCGCAGCURGAGGCCAUGAGGGGCUUCCUGGCGCGCAGCGGGCUGCAGGUUGAGGACCUGGAUCGACUGAACAUCAUCCACGUCACGGGGACGAAGGGCAAGGGCUCGGCCUGCGCCUUCACGGAGCGCAUCCUCCGYGGCUACGGCCUCAAGACGGGCUUCUACAGCUCCCCCCACCUGGUGCAAGUGCGCGAGAGGAUCCGCAUCAAUGGGCAGCCCAUCAGCAAGGAGCAGUUCAACAAGUACUUCUGGCUCGUCUACAACCGCCUCGAGGAGACCAAGGACCCAUCGCGUGCCAGCAUGCCGGCCUACUUCCGCUUCCUCACCAUCAUGGCCUUCCACGUGUUCCUGCAGGAGAAGGUGGACCUGGCCGUGGUGGAGGUCGGCAUCGGCGGCGCCUACGAUUGCACCAACAUCAUCAGGAAGCCGGUGGUGUGCGGGGUCUCCUCCCUGGGCAUCGACCACACCAGCAUCCUGGGGGACACGCUGGAGAAGAUCGCCUGGCAGAAAGGGGGCAUCUUCAAGCCCGGAGUGCCGGCGUUCACGGUGGCGCAGCCCGAGCGGCCGCUGGAGGUGCUGCGGGCACGGGCCCGCGAGUGCGCGUGCCCGCUCUACCUGUGCCCGGAGCUGGACGCCUUCGAGGAGGGCGGCCGAGCGCUGGCCCUGGGGCUGGCGGGCGACCACCAGCGCUCCAAUGCCGCGCUCGCCCUGCAGCUCGCCCGCGCCUGGCUGCAGCACCACGGCCGCUGCGGUAGCGGGGAGUUGAUGGAUCUGCCGCCGAGUGUCGAGGCCGGGCGGACGGUGCCCUUGGCGCCCGCGUUUCGCCCCAGCGUCGCCAUGGUCCAAGGGCUGCGGGAGGCCGAGUGGCUGGGCCGCACGCAGGUGCUGCCCCACGGCCCCGUCACCUGGUACCUCGACGGCGCCCACACCACGAGCAGCGUCCAGGCCUGCGUCCGCUGGUUUCGCCAGGCCGCCCUCAACGAGGACAAGCCCCAGGACGGCUCCGAGGUGCGGGUGCUGCUCUUCAACGCCACGGGGGAUCGGGACACGGCGGCGCUGCUGAAGCUGCUGCUGCCCUGCCAGUUCGACUACGCCGUCUUCUGCCCCAACUUCACAGAGGUGUCGGUGGUGGGCAGCGCGGACCAGCAGAACUUCAACGUGACGCUGGAGAACGCCCUGACGCGCUGCCUGGAGAACCAGAAGACGUGGACGCAGCUCCUGGAGGAGAAGGUGGGCCAGGACGUCUGGCUGGCGCCGCCGCUCGAGGUGGGCAGCCUGCUGAAGCCGGACGCCGUGCGCGGAGCCCUGCUCCUCGUGCCCUCCGCCGAGCGGCCACUCAACUCCAACUCGCUCGUCUUCCCCUGCAUCUCGCACGCGCUGCAGUGGAUCGCGCAGGGCCGGGACCCCUGCGUGCCGGCGCCCGCCGCCAAGGGCGCCCACCCGCACCCCGUGGCCAGCAGCGGGGCCGUGCUGCUGCAGGAGGCCRCCGCCAUCCGCGUCCUGGUCACGGGCAGCCUGCACCUUGUCGGCGGCGUCCUCAAGCUGCUCGACCCGGCGCUCUCCCAGUAGCCCGAGUUUGGGGGGUUCAGUUUUUUGCUCCUCCUUUUACUUGAAUAGCUGCCUCGUCCCCUCAUGAAGUGUGGAGGUGGCACCGCAGGAGACCCUCCAGGGAAGGGACCCUGUGGCAGUGCCACYGUGGCCACGCUCUGCUGCUUCCCUGCGCCCUCCUUCCACCUUCUCCCUACCCUUAUCCCACCUCUGCCCACCCUGGGGCCGGGAGCCACCGUUGCCGCACGGAGGGGAGAGUGAAACCCCUUCCCUGUCACCUGUGCGCGCCCCUUGGAGCGGGACCCUGCACCCUGUUUCACCCAGUGCCUUUUGCUGCCUUUUGCUGCCACACUGGCCGCUCUCCAGACAGGUUUGGGGGCGAGCUCAGCUCGGAGGGGCUGGCCCUGUGUGGGGGUGUCGGGCAAUGGGGGGCUCUGCCCCCUCCGCUGCUUGCCGGCGUCCCAGAGCUUUCGGAGGACGGAGGCCUGGGUUUGAGGGGAGGCCACCCGCAGCGGUAGGAAUGAAUUGCAGACGAUGCUUUGAGGUUUAAUCCUUUACAGAGUUGUGACUAAUUUAACAUAGGGUAGAUUUUAUUAUUAUGAAGAGUUUGCAACUGACCAGAAGAUAAGCUGGGUGUAAGGCCCAUUUUUUUGUUGUUUUGUUUUGUUUUAUUUUUAAUAUAUAUUUUU